CCAGGUCUUCUCUCAUUCGCUCACGACAGCCUCUUCAAAUUCGCUUGCUUUCUGAAAUCCCUAAAAUUGUCUCUGAAAAUCCUAAUGCGGACCGCCGGAACACUUGCCAUCGCCGGAACCCUAACCUUCCCGAGGCCACUCUCCACUCCUCCACCCAAAUCUCUCCAGCCCCGACGGAAAAUGUAUACGACUGUUAAUGCGGUGACGGCUGAGCCUAUUUCAAGUAUUUCGUCUUCGUCUUCCUCGGCGUCAGCUAGUCUCUACGAUAUUCUGAGGGUGAAGCACGACGCGUCCGUGACAGAGAUCAAGAGCGCUUACCGGAGUCUGGCCAAGAGGUACCAUCCGGAUGCGGCGAGGCGGCAGGAAUCGGGGGAGGACGGGAGAGAUUUCAUAGAAAUCCACAACGCCUACGCGACUCUUACAGAUCCGGCUGCGAGGGCACUCUAUGACAUGUCGCUGGGAGGACGGGGUGAUUGGCGGCGGUGGAGGGAGAGAUCCGCCGGAUUUUACACAACCCGGAGAUGGGAGACGGAUCAGUGCUGGUAGGGUACUUGUAGGUCAAAACGGCGGCACUUUUGCGGUUAUUCGUUCUCUGUUUCUAUCUGCAGGCUUGUGAGAAGCCACUUUGCUAAAUGUAGUUGGGAGGUGGAGUUUUUGUACAUUUUUAGGAGAAGCUCCAUUAAUGGUUCAUGGUUGGGUAUUGAUAUCAAUCUGCUAUACUGCUUAUCCUCCCAUUCAUUUUCUUAAACAAGAGAUAAGGAAAUAUAUGAUUUUGGUUUAUUUGCAGUGCCAGAACCCAGAACCUGAAGCAUUGGUUUCUGACAGCAUUUGUAUUUAGAAAUUCAGUUGUACUGUGCAAAUUGAAUUGGGAAAUUAAAGAACCCAAUUGGAGCUGUUGACCAAUCAACUGCAUAUGGUUAGGACACUUGGUUGGGCUG